UCGGAAUGAAAGCCAAAAAUUGAUCUAUAAUCAACAGUUCAGUAAACUUCACCUUUAGUCAUUUUAAUAUAAUAAUUUACAAAUAUAAUAGUUGAAAUGUUGUACUGAAGUUGUAAAAAAAAAAUAUUUAAAUGUAGUCCAAUAAGUAAACCUUAGAUACACUUUUUUUCGGUUUACUACUUCCUGUAAUGCCGGUAUGUAUAGUGCAUCUUUUGCAUUUUCUAUUAAUUACUUGUUUUGUUCAGAUAAGAAAGGUAACGAAUGGGUGAAAUGAAAGAUUCGUUCUCUUGUGAAUUUACAAUAGCUUCUGACGAUGAAAGUGAAGACUUAAAUGACAAUCCUCCUAUUGACAGUUGGCUGAAUGAUGAUACAGUACCCGUCACUUUUUAUCGCUUUGAUUCUAGCGAAAUCAGAUGCACAUCUUCAAAAAAGCGAGCAAAAAUGGUUGGGAAAUAUGUCAUGGGAGAUGUUCUUGGAGAAGGUUCAUAUGGGAAGGUUAAGGAAGUGCUUGAUUCUACAUCUUUGUGUCGGAGAGCUGUUAAAAUUCUGAAAAGAAAAAAGCUAAGAAAAAUACCAAAUGGAGAAAAAA